CGGUGAUCCACUUCUGUGCCCACAUGGAGCGGACGGGCCGGGUCCCGUCGGGUUGGCUCGACAAGUGGGCGCAGAACAAGAGCAUCGCGGUCACCGACCGCGUUUACUACGAGCUGAAGACGAUCAUUGAUGCGCUGGAGUACGCUGGUUGCUAUGACCAGAUCAAUUCGGGAUCGCUGGUGUUCGCUGAGCUCCUGUGCUUGCGGGCGCAGGCGAUUGUGGACGCCUACGAGAAUAACCCGAGCAAGCCGAGCUUCGAGAACGCGAAGUACUUCUCGGGGCUCAAGAGCUUGUCGGACGCAGUGUGCCCAGACCUGAAGGGCUUCGCGGCUCGGAAGGCCAAGGAAGAGACGGAGGUGGAGAAGCAGCGGCAGAAGGUCAGGGAGCUCCGAGGCAAGGCCGACGGGAAGGGCGACAAGACUGGAGCCGCUGGCAAAAAGAAUUAGGCGUGACGCGUGGGCCUGGGGGGACCAGCAGGCCCACGCAGGAGACAGCACUGGUCCCACCUUCCUGGACAAGGAUGCUCACCCCGGGAAGAUUUUCCCCGUGCCUCUGCUCGACACCGAGCCGGCCCCCCGAUCACUCUCUCGCGGAGUUCGUCGGCGGAUUGGCCGUCGGCGCGCGUUGGACAAUAGGGCCAACGAGGUUCUGCAUGCGCUGAAUUGGAUGUCCGGC